GUUCUAAUUGCCUGAAUUAUAAACCAUCUGUACGUUUAUGGUAUUUAUUAUUCCAGGUCGAGUUUGUAAUUCUCUUAUCUCGUUCGAGAACACGAUGGCAUGGUUAAGUUGAUUACCUUCAGUUGAUUACUUUUGCGCAUUUCUUGGAUUACCAAAAAUAUACUACUCCAAUGCAAGAAUGUACUAACACUACACAUGGAAACCAGACGACUGCUUCGUUAUCACUCUGCUUAUCACUCGACCAUCAUAAUACAUCUGGAAUACCAAUACUGUCAACAUUUAGCAAAAUAUCAAUUGGAAUAAUUUCCUCCUUAUUGGUAUUAACUGGAUUUUGGGGAAAUGCUGUUGUGUGCUUCAUUGUUUACAGAAAACCCCAGAUGCGUUCUGCUAUAAAUCUGUUGCUGGCGAGCAUGGCUCUAAGUGAUAUUAUUAUGUCGGUAGUAUGCGUUCCAUUGCCUCUAAUCACAAUAAUCCAUGGAAGGUGGAUUUUUGGUGAUAUAGUGUGUAAAAUACAAGCUUUCCUAGUGGAGUAUUUGACUUCAGUUGCCAUCUUGAUUCUAUUUAUUAUGAGCGGAGACAGAUAUAUGAUAAUUGUUAAACGACGAGACAAGCUGACAGCAAAAUUUGCCAAAAUAUUGAUAGUAUUGGUUUGGACGAUUCCGUUGGUGACGUCACUACCACCUGCUAUUGGUUUGAGUGACUACAAGCUAUUCAGUGACCACACUCAAUGUUCACUUGCAGUGACGAACAAAACAUAUGAUAUCAGCUUUCUAGCUAUUAAAUUUACGCUAAGCUUUGUUUUUCCGAUCUUGUUAACCGGAUAUGCUUUUAGUGCUAUAACAAAUACCGUUAGAACAAAUUCAUUUCGUAUUCACAAUCAUCCCGAUACGGAGGUAUCUCUAAACAUAGCUCAAAUGAGUGCUUCUUUGGGAUUUAUACUAAUUCCGAUGAAAACAAAACUUGAUGUUGACGUCAAAUUCAAAACUCGGACUUUUAAAACAAUCAUGUUGUUAUAUGUUUUAGUGAUUCUAUGUAUUUCGCCUUAUUCUAUCAAUCAAAUUGUGUCCAACACUAACGGUCUGUUUCAGAUGAAUCGAGAUACAAUAUUUCUAUGGAUAGCUUUUAGUAAAAGUUCCAUAAACCCCGUGAUAUACUUCUUCCGGGUUAAGAAGUUUAAAGAAACAUGUGAAGAAUUCGUGCCAAUAUGUUGUCGGAGUGUCAACAUCAAUGUUUUAUCCAGAAGACGUGUCAAUCCAAGCUCCAUUUACCAGGUUAAUGGUGAUCAAUCCAUUGCAUCUAUCAGUUCUACGAUAUAGUUUAUCAAGCAUAGAUACUGGGAGAUAUAUGGAAAACCAAUGUCAGCUUUACACGAAACAAUAAAGUUGUGUUAUCAA